GCGUUAUUCGGAGCCCCUUCUGCUCGACACGAUCUCCGGAGCCAUACACAAUAUCACCAAAACACAAUACCCGUUCGCGUACCACCAAUAAGUUACAAUGUGAAUAUUUUUGAGAACUGCUGAUGUGACUUGUUUAAAACAAAGCUUCGUAAAGAUUUGAAAGAAACUUUUUUUUCCGCACCACUCUUGCCCAGGAUGUGCGUCCUUCCCUGAAGAAAAUCCCCCAAAUAACACGGGCUUGGCGCUAGGCUCUGGGACACGACACUAGCGUUACACUAUACUACUGGAGGAGACAUGGCUACCAGUUUGCCAGUAACGCAGCAGAUCUGCAGCUCUGUGCCUCCGACUUCUCCAGCCACAUCUUCAGCCAUUCCCAUUUCCGAGGUAGAGGACUGCCUCAUCUACGAUCGACACGGUGUUUGUGUAACUUUUAAGAGUUUAUACCAAAACCACAAAGCUAUCAUUAUUUUUGUAAGGAAUUUUUUGUGCUACACAUGUCAGGAAUAUGUUGAAGACCUGAGCAAAAUACCACAGGAAAUGUUGUUGGAUGCUCAUGUCCGACUUAUUGUCAUUGGGCAGUCCAGCUAUCUCCAUAUAGAGGCAUUCUGCUCACUGACAGGCUAUCAACAUGAAAUUUAUGUUGAUCCAGAGCGAAAUAUUUAUAAAAUACUUGGGAUGACAAAAGGGGAGCUCUAUAAGGAAACAGCCUCUGAAAGCCCACAUGUAAAAUCCAACAUACUUGUUGGCAGUAUAAAGAGCAUGUGGCGUGCCAUGACCAGUCCUGCCUUUGAUUUUCAAGGAGAUCCUCUCCAGCAAGGGGGAGCACUCAUCAUCGGCCCAGGCCCUAAUGUUCAUGUUGCACAUUUUGACAUGAAUCGAUUUAACCAAAUGCCCAUCAACAGAUUGCUUCAGCUGGCUGGAAUGCAAGUGGUUGACUUCAACAUGCCAAAACAUGCCAAGAUUAUUGACAUAUGAGAAAAUUGCUAUUUCACUUUUGCACUCAGUUUAUAAACAGCACCUGACACAUAACAGCAUACAGUAGCUUUUCAGAGUUAAUGGUCUUGAUUAUAAUCUGACCUCAUACCAUAUUAAAAACUUGGUGCAUGGACACAGUCAAACUAUCAGUUUUCAGUUAACUUUGUAGAUUAAGGCUUUUGAUUAACUUUUAAUCACUAAUUCACUCAAGUUAAGUCACUCCUUUAUCCUUGUCAUUGUCAUGAUAAAUCUCAAGAUUGUUUUGGGAACACAACAUGAGGUAGGAAUAUCCCCUGAAUUGGACACCAUUUGAUAACAGAUUUAUAUCUUUUAAAAAAAAUCCUAAGAAAUGAAUCUGUGAUUGACUGUUGAAUCAAUGUUAAAUGUAAAUGUUAAAAUUGAUGAUGAUGCUGCCCACCGUUACAGUAUAUAAGGCCAGAAAUGCCUGUGACUGUGUUUUUGACAGUAUGAUAUGAAAGCUAAUAAUUGCAAGCACUACCUGACAUUUUAAAGAAGGCUGCUCUUAAAAAAUCUCUUCAAGCAGAUGAUAAUGUAACCAACCUACUGGAGUCCUACUUAAACAAUUUCCGGUCUAAAUAUAGAGAAUAUUUCAUGACACAAAGCACAUAUAGAUCUCAUGUAGUGGUAUAAAAAUAGGUAUUAUGGGUUGUACAGUUGUGUGAAUAAAGAAGCAAGCACACAAUUUUUA